AUGCCUUCAGCUGUAGUUCUUCUCGCAGAUGGGACCGAGGAAAUGGAAUUUACCAUUACAUACGAUACCCUCGUUCGAGCUGGUGUCCAGGUUGUAUCAGCCUUUGUCCCUGCACAAUCUCCGGGUGCAAGCGUUAGUCCACCUGCGGCCAAGUGCUCGCGUGGAGUCAGGAUCCUGCCAGAUUCCUAUCUCGACCCCACUGAAUGCGGUCCUGAUAAGCACGAUCUCCUCGUGAUACCAGGAGGCGCAGUUGGAGCAGCCACCAUGUCAGCCAACGCCACGGUGCAAAAGCUCAUCCAGGCGUACUUGGAUAAGAAGAAGUACGUCGGCAUGAUCUGUGCUGGAAGCCUUGCUGCUCGGACGGCCAAGCUCCCGAAGCAACCUAUCACCUCCCAUCCAAGCGUCAGAGGCGACCUGGAAGCUGAUUUCGAGUACUCUGAAGACCCUGUCGUGGUAUCUGGAACCCUCGUUACAAGCCGCGGACCGGGUACUGCCUUCCCCUUCGCUUUGACACUUGUCGAAUUGCUGUGUGGGAAGGAGAAGCGAGAGGAAGUUCGGUCUCCAAUGGUGUUCCCAACAGGGACUCCCUUCUAG